CUUGAAUAUUCAAUCAGACACCUUGCUCGGAGCUGUGAUUGGACACAGCCGGUGCAGUCAUGUAAAUGAGCACCUGGUGGCGCCUGCUGGCCCGGCUGUGGAUCCCGGACUGAGGUUGGAGAGACGCAGCGGGGCUCACAUUCGGAGAGGGGCCGGAGUGCACCGACCCUGGGCGGUCUGUUGCUGUUUCUAAUAAAAAAAUUUCAUUCUUUGUUGACAAGUUUUGCAACUAUUCAAACGAAGGGAGUCAAGUAAAAGUCAGACUACUGGUCUGAUAUCAGCCGGGGCGUUCAGCUAAUUCAGAUAAAUUUGUUGUUUUUUGCGGUCGUUCACCAAACGCAACAACUGCUCCACAGCACCGUUUGGAUUUUUCAGUGGACUUAUUCGGAGCAAAGCAUAUCUUCAGACUGAUCUUCUCAACCAGACUUCAUCUAAAAGUUUGGACUGCUGUCAUAGCGCACUUCUGCGCGUAUUUUAGGUAUGCCUGUGGUCAUCAGCGUGUCUCUGGACAGGUAACCAGGUGCGUUGCUGCUGUCAUGGCCUUGCCAACCCUGCGGCUGUUUCCUGUCACUGUGCUCACUUUCCUGGCGGCCCUGGUGUCAUCUUCAGAGGAUCACGAGUGGCACUUUAAGCCAGCUCAGUGUCGUUACGCUCUGGGGAUGGAGGAUGGCACCAUCCCAGACUCUGACAUCACUGCCUCCAGCGCCUGGUCAGACUCCACUGAGGCCAAACAUGGAAGGUUGAGCACUGCGGGGGGAGAUGGGGCAUGGUGUCCUGCAAGAGCCGUUUACCCCAGUGGAUCAGAAUACCUUCAGGUAGACUUGCGCAGACUCCACUUCCUGGCUCUGGUCGGUACUCAGGGUCGGCAUGCUGAUGGGCAUGGUCAGGAGUUUGCCCGCAGCUAUCAGCUUCGCUAUUCCCGAGACGGAGUGAAAUGGAUCACCUGGAAGGACCGCUGGGGGCAGGAAGUGGUGUCAGGGAAUGAGAACACCUAUGAUGUUGUACUGAAAGACCUGGGCCCUCCCAUCGUGGCCCGCAUGGUGCGCUUCUACCCCCUGGCCGAUCGAGUUAUGAGUGUGUGCCUUCGGGUGGAGCUCUAUGGCUGUGUAUGGAAUGAUGGGUUGAAGGCUUACACAGCUCCAGUGGGUCACGUCAUGCACCUGUCGGGCACGCCUGUCUAUCUCAAUGACUCUACCUACGAUGGGAGCACAGAGCAAGGGAUGCAGUUUGGAGGCCUGGGGCAGCUGUGUGACGGUGUCCUGGGAGGAGACGACUUCAUACAAACUAAGGAGCUCAGGGUGUGGCCCGGGUAUGACUACCUGGGCUGGAGCCGGGAAGCCCUUGGACAUGGCAGCGUGGAUAUUGAGUUCCACUUUGAGAAACCACGCAUCUUCAUCAGCAUGCAGGUGCACAGUAACAACCGCCACACCCUGGGCGUACGAGUCUUCAGCAAGGUAGAGUGUCUUUUUAAGCCUGGAAUCCUCCAGCCUUGGUCCUCCCCUCUCACUCUGCUUGUGCCUCUGGAGGAUCUGAAGGACCCCUCGUCUCGACCCAUCACCCUCCCACUGGGCGCCCAACCGGCUCAGAUCCUCCUCUGCAAAUUCUACUUCGCUGACCGCUGGCUGCUCAUCAGCGAGAUAUCCUUCCUCUCUGAGCCAUUUGAGGAGAUUGUCACAGACACUGAUUCAUUUCCUCCUAAUCCUCCUGAUGUUCCUACGACCAGUUCCUCUCCUCCUGUUAACCACACGUUCUCGUCUCCCACAUCGAGCCACAGCUCCUCCAACACCACUGCUGGCUCCUCUGAACCCCCAACCACCACCUCCUUCAUGAUGGACACCACUGAUAACUGGACGCUGCCAGAUCCGGAGUUUGCUGCUAACACUCCAAGGGCGGGGCUUCCUGUGGCCAAGGACGACAGCAGUAAUACGGCUAUUCUGAUUGGCUGCUUGGUGGGCAUCAUCCUUCUGCUGCUGGCUGUCAUUGCUGUCAUCCUGUGGAGGCAGUACUGGAAGAAGAUACUGGGCAAGGCCCAGGGCAGCCUAUCCAGCGAUGAGCUGCGGGUUCACCUUUCGGUCCCCUCGGACAACGUGGUCAUCAACAACACGCACAGCUACUCCAGUCGCUACCAGCGCAUCCACACCUUCCCUGACGACCGUGACCAAGACAGAGAGGGGGAGGGAGAGUAUCAGGAGCCCAGUGCUCUGCUACGGCCACGGGACCACAGAGACAGCACAGCCUUGCUGUUAAACAACCCAGCCUAUCACCUGCUCCUGUCAGAUCACAGAAAAGGCUCGAGAAACCUAGCUGUCCCCGGCAUCUCUCAGGCUCAGGAAAAGAGCCUCAAUGUGCCCCAGGCCUGUGGUUUGGACUUGGACAUGGAGAAAGGUUUCCCCCCAACUCAGGAGGAGCCUCCUCCCUACCCAGGCUCCCCUCCUUACCCCUCCCUGUCUCCCCCGGUGUCUCCCCCACUGCCUCCCAGCGUUCCUCAUUACGCCGAGGCAGACAUCGUGAGCCUGCAGGGUGUCAGCGGUAACAACACCUACGCCGUACCCGCCUUGGCCUCCUCAAGCCCCGGGGCUGACGCCGCCCCUCUGCCGGAACUCCCACGCCAGUGUCUCAUCUUCAAGGAGAAACUGGGAGAGGGACAGUUCGGAGAGGUGCAUUUGUGUGAAAUUGAGAGCCCCCAGGACCUUCCCAACUUGGAGUUUCCCUUCAAUGUGAGAAAAGGUCGCCCCCUUCUGGUAGCAGUGAAGAUACUGCGCCCAGACGCUUCCAAAAAUGCCAGGAAUGACUUCCUGAAAGAGGUAAAGAUCCUUUCUCGCCUGAAGGAUCCGAACAUCAUCCGUCUGCUGGGAGUGUGUGUGAGCAGUGACCCCCUGUGUAUGGUCACUGAGUACAUGGAAUGUGGGGACUUGAACCAAUAUCUGUCCCACAGAGUGCUUCUGGACAAGACAGGACCUUCACACAAUACUCCGACCAUCAGUUACCCAGCCCUCAUCUCCAUGGCCAGCCAGAUCGCAUCAGGAAUGAAGUUCCUCUCCUCUCUCAACUUUGUACAUCGGGAUCUGGCCACACGUAACUGUCUGGUUGGGGGUGAGAGGGGUGAGAGCGGAGAGGAUCGGGGUGGUGAGCGUCACAUUAAGAUUGCUGACUUUGGCAUGAGCAGGAACUUGUAUGCUGGAGAUUACUACAGGAUCCAGGGCAGAGCUGUGCUACCAAUACGCUGGAUGGCCUGGGAGUGUAUCCUCAUGGGUAAGUUCACCACAGCCAGCGAUGUGUGGGCAUUCGGGGUCACUCUGUGGGAGAUGCUUAGCGUUUGUCAGGAGCAGCCGUACUCCACCCUCACAGAUGAACAAGUCAUUGACAACGCUGGGGAGUUCUUCAGAGACCAGGGCAGACAGGUGUAUCUCAGCAGGCCGGCUGUGUGUCCUCAGGGCCUCUACGAGCUCAUGUUGAGUUGCUGGAACAGAGACUGCAAGCUCCGCCCAUCGUUCGCCUACAUCCACUCCUUUCUUACCGAGGAUGCCAUGAACAUGGUGUAGAGAGAGAGAGAAUCAGCAAAGCACAACGAGGAGAAAGGCAACAGGGCUGAAGAGGAGAAACGUAUUGUACGUUUAUGCUUCCUUGCUACAGCAGGAAGGAGUGAUGGAGGUGCUGCACAGCAGAGGCGGAUGAGAGGGGAGAGGGUUACGCUUUUAUACUUGUACUCUUUUUGGGUGGAUGGGGCUGAGACACCGCUGGUUCGGUUUAUUUCCACAUCAGACCCCGACUCUCAGAACUAAUCUGAGCUUUAGGUAAGGUAACAGAUGAAGCUUCAUUUCACAGCAGUUGGUGGUGGGUGCAGUCUGCAUAGGAACUUUCUCCCUUCUCAGCUACUUAAUAUACAAGGAGGGUUUGUAUGACUGGUGAUUAAGUGCUGUAGAGUUAAUGACACAGGAAGCUGCAGAGGCUAAAGGACAGAAAAUACUCACAAACUAUGACCAUAGCAAGCUAGGAAAUGAACAGUUCUUAAGUUUUAUUACUUUCAUUUCUUCCACCUCUCAGAUGCUACAUGCAGGGUAACAGGUGAGGGUGCACACACACACACACACACGCUGCACACUGACAUCUCAACAGAAUGAAAGUGCACACAUGGGGAUUAUCUCAGUAUUUGUAGUAUGUAUAGCCUACUGUGAAUCAUUUUAACCAGUUUAAGUCAGUAGGAUUACUCCAAGCUUCAGCCCCUUUCACCAUUCAGAGACACGAAAAAGACAAUCCACUGACUUUAAGACAUGAGUGAUGAGGAGAUCUCAUCGUUUUUCUUGACCUUUAAUUAAUCCUCCAUCUCAGCCCCAAACAAUCUGUGCCCCACAUCCACAGCUGUAACUCAGACUUGUUGUGGACUAGUGUGAAAUGAUGUGGACAAGUCAACAGCAGCCCCUUUUCUGGAAUGUGAUUAUGCCAAGUUUGUUCUCACUGAGCCCCUCAUUGUAGUCAAGAAGUCCAAGCAGUCCUUUGAAGCCCUUGUAUGAGCCACAAAGAGGGAAACUGCAUCCCUGGUGCCAAACGGGCUUGUCAAAUCUGAGGAAAAGGGGCACAGAAGAGGAGGAGAGUCUGCUGCUGCCCUCGACGAAACCGGAAAGGCUUUUCCAAGCAGAGAGACAAUGCUGCCAGACGGGGGCAGUGGACAGGACGUGUUCAAAUGCGUCUGCGCAGGGUUUUUUUUGUAUCUGGCUGUGAUCCAGACACAAAGGAUAAAUGUAAAAUUCCACAACCAGCUGCACUUUAACUCCUACAUGCAUAUACCCGGCCACGAUGAAACCUCUCUUUAAGGGGCCUGAUAUGAUUCCUGUCAGUGUGGAUUCAAAUGCAUCUUGAAUUGCAGUGAUUUCACAUAUUUGCCAAGGGAGAUCAAAAUUCGGGACGAUGUGUCUGCCUUUUUUUUUUUUUUUUUUUUUUUAAAUCCUCUCCCACAAAGUAUUGCCAAACCAUUCGAUGUAAAAUAUUAUUUAAAAAUGGAAUGGCACCAUCAGUUCAUCUCAUUUGACAACCUUUUGUUCUGAAACUAUCAGUGCAUUUGAGGCGUGUUUACUCAUCGAACGAUCAGUCUUCGCUCAUCCAAACAUAUUAACUGUAUUUUAAGAACUCGCAGUUACGGCGAUGCUCUAACAGAGAGUCGUGUUUUUAGUGUGAAUGUCAACACCAACCUCCGUGUUAUCCCAUGUUAGUACAUUAAGUUGACUGUGGUAGAACCUACCCCUUACUGAUUGUAUAGCACUGUAAAUCAGUCCUGGGAUGAUCAAGAUUAUCAAGUAAUACAUGUUUACUGUGCCAUUUUUUGAUACACUGUAGUUCAGCUAAACCCAUAUUAUAUAUAUAUGAGUUAUAUGAGAUAUAUAUAUAUCUCAUAUAUAUAUAUGUAUACUGUAUGUACUUAGAAACUCCUCAGUGUCUAAUUUCGUCCUUUUGUGUCCACGAAGUUGAGCAUUAUAGUAUGUACAUAUUUUUAAGGACAGAAUUGUAAUUGCCUUUACUAAUAUAUGGAAAACUCUGUCACAUUUGGGGUCUUCUGUAUCUCUGUAGAACGCUUGCUAUCUUGACGCCAUUGUAAUUCAUUGUUGUCUAUUUUUGUAGAUGUUUUAAUAAAGUUAACCUUUUCAAAUAAAUCAAGAUGUGGUCUAGGGCUACGACUAA